AUGACUAUUCUCGAAACACCACCUCCCAACAUGUUAUCCUACUCAUCCACACCCCCAAUAUCUCCUCCUCCUGGCAAGCCCGCCUCUUGGACAUGGACAUGCCGCCACUGCAGAUCUACCUGGAAGCUCGCCGUCACCCGACGCUGCCUCCGCUGCAUAAAGACCAAGACUGUCGGCGGCAGCAAAAUGAUCGGUCGUUCUCACACGAGUCCGGAAAGACGCCAGCAUAGCAUUAAGAAGUAUCGCGGCACCCGACCAGCUGAGAACCACGAUUACGACCACUGGACCAUCCACAACGACUGGCGACGUUUCCGAUCUGCGUACAAUGCCGCCCCCGAUGAAUGGAGACGCCAGAACAAGCGCGAACUCGCUGCUCUGAGAGGCGAGAGGCGCCGGGUGAUGAAGGCACAGAUUGAGACCAGGCGACGUACCGAUAUGACACAACAGCGCCUGGAGCGAAUGCUGAGCAACACACACAACUGCGAGAUUGACUGCGACUACCCAAGCCAGUGUCACUCGGAGAGAUUCGAAGCCAUGAUGAACAGACCCGAUGAAGUGGUCGUUGGCACCAUGUCCAUGGGGAUUCCAGUGUAUGGCGAAGAUGGCAGGAAUGUCAACAAGCUUCCCCUAUGCGGCCUUAUCCCAGAAUUCGAUCAACAAAUGACGGACCCAGAGGAAGUUAACAACGAAGAUGAGGUCCUUGCAGCCUACGAAGAUGACGAAAAAGACGAUUGGUUUGUGACAUCACAAUUUUCCCCUGAUAGCAGCGACGAGGAUGAAGACGAAGAAGAAGAGCAUGACGAGGAGCCAGAAAAUGAGCAUGAAGAGAAACGCGAGGAAGGCGAGGACGACGAGGAAGAGUUUUGGGGCGUGCGACUUGUAUGCGCAUAG